AUGGUGGAAACAAGGAUUCAAACGCUAAAAGAAGGAAGAAAUCGGGACAGACCGGUGAAGGUGGGAUCGGGAGAAAACCAACCCUGUGGUGGCCGAGAUCUUCUCCCUCGUGUCGAGAGACGAAGCCCGGCAUGCCGGAUAGUACAUGUGGAUUUACGGAAGGAAAGAUUCCUGAACAAAGGCCUCUCGGACUUCAACUUGGAUUUGGAUUUGGGUUCCCUAACAAAGGCUAGGAAGUACACAUUCUUCAAGCCAAAGUUCAUCUUCCAUGCAACAUAUCUAUCUGAAAAGAUUGGAUACUGGAGGUAUAUCACAAUACAUAGGCACUUAAAGGCCAAUACUGGGUUCAAAGUGUACCCAAUCUUCAAAUACAUUGAGAACUGGUGCCGGGAUGAGAACAGGCACGGAGGCUUCUUCUCUGCCUUAUUGAAAGCUCAGCCGCAGUUCCUUAGUGACGGGAAGGCCAAGCUGUGGUCUCGAUUCUUCUGCCUCUCAGUCUAUGUGACGAUGUACCUGAAUGAUUGCCAGCGAACAGCUUUCUUUGAGGGCAUUGGUCUCAACACCAAAGAAUUUGGCAUUCAUGUCAUCAUUGAGACCAACCGAACAAUAGCGAGGAUUAUUCCAGCUCUAUUAGGUGUGGAGAACCCAGAAUUCAAGAGAAAGUUGGAUAGAAUGGUGGAGAUCAACCAGAAGCUCAUCGCCAUUGGAGAGAGCCAGGUUCUUCCUCUGGUGAAGAACUUGAAGAGAAUACCUGUUGAUUUUGCUGCUUUUGAGCCGUGACUUGCGUGCUGAUUUUGUAAAAGACUAGUCCACAGAUACAUGAUGCAUUAUUUUGUUUAAAUGUUCAGAACAGAUGAUGAUUGCAUCAAUUAGAGGCACGACGGACCUGUCAGAGUCUGCUUUGUAUCUGUUGUAGAUAUAUAUGGAUGCAUGUUUCAUUAUAUCUAAUGUCAAGUGAUUCAAAACUGUUAUUCUGCAUAA